AUUUGCUUCCCUUUCUCUUCUUCGGAGUCAAUCCCGCCAAAACCACUCCCAAUUCUCGCCGUAUAUAUAUUUACAAUGGCUACUCCAGCUGACGGGCCAGUCUCCGAGCCCCAUAUGGCUUUCGACACCAUUUUGGUCCUCGACUUUGGCUCGCAGUACUCGCACCUUAUAACGAGGCGACUUCGCGAGCUUAACAUCUACUCUGAGAUGCUCCCAUGUACUCAGAGGAUUGCCGAUCUGUCAUGGAAGCCAAAGGGUAUUAUUAUGUCGGGGAGUCCAUACUCCGUCUAUGCACCAGACGCCCCACAUGUGGAUCCAGCUGUAUUCGACCUAGGAGUCCCCGUCCUAGGCAUCUGCUACGGUUUACAAAUGAUCGCGUGGAACCACGGCAAGAACGUCUCUGCCGGGGACAAGCGGGAGUACGGACAUGCGAACCUGAAUGUGGCACGUCAUCCCAGCCAGUCGGCGCAUAUUGAUAAAUUGUUCGAGGGGCUUGAGGGAGACCUCGUGGUAUGGAUGUCGCAUGGAGACAAACUAUCUAAGUUGCCUGAGAAUUUCGUCACCAUCGCCACAACGGCCAAUGCGCCUUUUGCUGGAAUCUCGCACACGGAAAAACCCUUUUACGGCAUUCAAUUCCAUCCAGAGCUUACGCACACACCUUGUGGAAAGGAUAUUCUUCGAAACUUCGCCGUUGGAAUUGCGAAGGCGGCACAAAACUGGACCAUGGGCGAAUUUGUGAGCCAAGAAAUCGACCGCAUUAGAAAAUUGGUCGGGGAGAAAGGCCAAGUCAUCGGAGCUGUCAGUGGAGGUGUCGAUUCUACAGUUGCCGCAAAGUUGAUGCAAAAAGCAAUUGGCAAUCGAUUCCAUGCCGUUCUCGUCGACAAUGGUGUGCUUCGUUUGAACGAGGCCGCAAUCGUUAAGGAGACUCUAACCAAACACCUUGGCGUCAAUCUCACUGUGGUUGAUGCCAGUGAGAGGUUCCUUAGCAAGCUGAAGGGAAUUACGGAUGAUCCCGAGAAGAAGAGAAAGGUCAUCGGCAACACAUUUAUCGAAGUCUUCCAAGAAGAGGCCAAGAAGAUCGCGGCGGCCGCGCAGGGAUCACCCAAUGAGGGUGAGAUCGAAUGGCUUCUUCAGGGUACCCUAUAUCCCGAUGUCAUUGAAAGUAUUUCGUUCAAGGGGCCCAGCGCAACCAUCAAAACUCACCACAAUGUCGGUGGCCUUUUGGAAGGCAUGCAUUUGAAGCUCAUCGAGCCCCUCCGCGAACUUUUCAAGGACGAAGUCCGUGAGUUGGGCAAGCAGCUUGGCAUUCCAGAGGAGCUUGUCUGGCGCCAUCCAUUCCCCGGUCCUGGCAUCGCCAUUCGGAUCCUUGGAGAAGUGACCCCAGAACAAGUCCGCAUUGCCCGGGAGGCCGACCACAUCUUCAUUGAAGAGAUCAAAGCAGCCGGGCUGUACCGGAAAAUCAGCCAGGCAUUUGCAGCCCUUUUGCCGGUCAAGGCAGUUGGCGUAAUGGGAGACCAGCGAGUCCAUGACCAAGUCAUUGCUCUUCGGGCUGUGGAGACCACGGAUUUCAUGACCGCAGACUGGUAUCCGUUUGACGGGGAGUUUUUAAAGACGGUCAGCAGGAGGAUCGUGAAUGAAGUGCAGGGAGUGUGCCGCGUCGUCUACGACAUCACGAGCAAACCCCCUGGAACGAUUGAGAUGGAGUAAUUAUUGAUCUGGGACGAAUAGUUAAGGCGUAACACUGGGUUCACAAAUUACGAGAAAACCAAGCGCCUGGCAGUUACGUCUGUAAUUGAUAUUUUUAUGAGGGCACAUCACAAAACAACGAUAAUGUUUAGCUUUCAUGAAAUUUACUUUCCCUUGGGGUUUUGCUUCUAAAAAUAAAAAGGGAGGAUAGAUGUAAUUGGCGUUCUUGGGGUAACUUUUUUCAAUUCUGUCUAGAAGGCAGAGCUGUUUCAACGGCGAUAUUUUUGCUAUAGUUUAAUAUUGGAGAAUGGAAUUCUGGCGUGUUGAGAAUAGCAGAAGAAUGCUUGAACAACCUACACCUUGAAGAAAUAUACGGGGAUAAGUUAG